AUGGGCCUUGGAUGCUGGUCUCAAGAAAGGAUAGGAGAAGGCAAGGUCGGAAUGGUACACCAACCUAGACCAGCCCCACGUGGUGCAUUCAGAGGUAGAGGUGGCAGGAGUGGAACCUCGCGUCAAGCUGCAGCCGAAACAGAACAUACAGUGGUUAGAGGGUCCAACCGAGGGAGGCAGGUCACAAGCACGGUGGUCUACAAUGGGAAUGAACAACCAAGGAUCCCUCUCAUAGAUGACACAGAUUAUACUCUAAUGGGGGAACCUCCUGAUCUACCAAUGGUUUUCACUACUCGAGCUGACCCUCCAGAUAUAGCAAUGGAGGAUGGUUUCCUUAAUGGAGUUCCAGUUUUCCUUGCUAAGCCCCAAACUUAUAUGAAUUUGAGUGGUGAAUCUAGUGGACCACUUGCUGCAUAUUAUAAGCUUCCACUCAACCGCGUGAUUGUGUUUCAUGAUGACAUGGAUUUGCCAUGUGGGGUACUUCGUCUUCACCCUAAAGGAGGUCAUCAUAGUCACAAUGGGUUAAAGAGUGUGAUUUAUCAUUUUCGUGGAAACAAAGAGUUUCCUCGAUUAAGAAUAGGCAUUGGAAGACCUCCUGGUCAAAUGGAUCCGAAGGCAUUCUUGCUUCAAAAGUUUAAUGCAACUGCUCGAGAACGGGUUGAUGUUGCUUUACAAGAAGGGGUUGAUGCGUUGAAGCAGCUCUUAUCCAAAGGCUUAACAGAAUCUGCAAGGUGUUUUAACACUCAACAAAAGUACAAGCAUAUAAGAUUACAGACAAUCCCAACAUGAUCAUGAUUCAAGCCU